AUUUUUGUUGCAAUCUAUGCUUCCCUUUGCCCAACUUUCUGUAGACACAGGAACACAGCAUACUGUCUGGAGAUGUGACUCGCAACAGAAGCUCACACGGAUUAUUUGGAGUCCAACAAUGGAAUUACUGUCGGCUGAGCAGCGAAUCGAAUCCAUGUUGAACAACAAAUAUUAUAAUUUCACGCAAAGCACUCCAUACUUGUAUCUUCCUUUUGGAAGCGCUGGACGCCUCAUCAUUAGAUUCAUUAUCUUCAACACAGAUUCGCGCUCCUCAAAAUUACUGGUUUAUUAUAAGGUAAUGAGAAACAGAAAUAUCCUAGAGAUAUUUAGCUCGUUUUUUUUCAGACAGGUGAUCUUGUUCCAAAUCGAUGAUCUUCAUAAGCAUCUCUUGGCGGCCAUACAGAGCUUGGCUAACGAAAACCGCAAAAUUGCAUCUGCGAUAAAACUUUACGGGCCCAUUACGAAGUUUGAUGCCGAUGAGUUGACCGAGGAGGAAGUCAGGUUCGACAAAGACAUCAAGCACAUUAAAAUGGAAUUCUUGCUUAAUCUGGUUUUACAAAAGCUCAACUUGGAAUUCGAUAAGCUCCUUCAUGUGGCUGCAAAACUACUCAUGAAUUUACUUUUCUCGACAUAUAAGAAUUUUCAGCUCCAUUGGCUUCUAAUCUUAUCUUUAGGCAUCUCGCUUAUCUUCAAUGUUUAUUUCGCGGGUAAAAGUACCCAUGCGUACUGGGUUGAACAUAACACCGAAAAAUAUGUGAAUUCGCUGGUUCAGAAACCAACACUGAUGAAAAGAGUGAUUUCAAUCGAUGAUAUACAAGAUUUCGCACACAACACGAGCGUACAGCUGUCCUAUAAUGCUUCUGAGUCUCAGUGCUUUCUGGAGUUUCGGAAGCAGGCCGCCGUUGGCGAAAUCUCUCUACCCACUGAAAGCAAGGUACAAUCUCGUCUGGUGGAGUUUGGCUUGCAAAGAAAUGAACUUCUAACUGAACUGGGGAUAGUGAAUGCUGCAGAACGAGCCUACCUUGUGUCUGAAUGGAGACGCUGGGUUUUUGCUGAGCACCGGAAUUGCGAGAUUGCUCGUACUAGAUACCCUCAAAAAUACGACGAGCAGCUGUCACGGUAUUGCGAAUCGGCAAAAGCCGAAAUGGAUUACAUAUCGCACGUGCUGUUAUGAAUGUAAAUAAAGAAGAUCUUCAGAAACCUUUUUUUGCCAGAUUGUCCGCGAUAUCCAAGUAAAGCGCUACCGGAUUGAAGGUCCCUGUUCCGAUUGCGAUUUUGAAACGUUUCGAGAUGUUCAUCCAGUUUAUCAAAUCCAAAUGAUCCACAUUCUCUAGACUACCCAAAUCUUCUCCCCAUCUAGCACUCCUGAUGCUCACCAGUCCAUCGUUUGGACCUUCUUUUGGAUACACCAUUUUCCAUGUAGGAUAGAAAAAGUUAAAUAUUCUUGGUGUGAAAGAUGCACCAUAGCUGAAGUAUUUGACAUUUGGGUCGUCUGUAAUAUGUCUAUUAAGGCGAGCACAACUUUCGAGAGUAAGCUCUUUCAGGGAUGGAAAGAAGCUGUCAAUAAUGCUGGUCGGAAUGAGUUGAAUUAUGCGAUCGGCAGCGUAGCUACCUCUAUGGGGAGUCGACACCGUUGUCAAUGACACCACCUCAAAAUUCUCCUGUUCAUAAGCAGAAAUAAGGUAGCGACAAUCAAGACCUCCCAUGGAAUGGGCAAUCAGGUUGACUUUGACAGGCUGUUCUGCAUUUGGAAAACGUUUGGAUAUUUUUUGUUUUAUGAAUUCGUUUAAUAUUUUAGAUCUUGUUUCAAUGGUAGCGAAUGGGGGUACUUUGGCCACCAAAACCUGACACCCACGCACCAGUAACUCCUUGCGAAUUCCAUGCCAGUAUUCGAACAACUCAAUUCUUGUGUCCGCCUCUUGUGCCAUUUUCUUUGCAGAUGCUUCUUUAAUCUUAGCUUUGUGAAAAAGCUUGACAGCAGGUAAGCUCACGAGACUGUCAAAGCCUGAAAACCCAUGGCAAAGAACGACUGGAUAUUUCGGGACCUGAUAGUCAUCUCGUAUAGUGUUGAACUUGUACAGUUGUGAAGUUGUUUGACUUAGAUUUUCUUUCGUUCUUUUGAUUUCCGGCUGAUGAGACCCAUAUCGAUAGAACGCCAGUGAAAAGC